AUGGAUUUUAAAGGUAUGAGAUGGGUUGGGAAUGUAUACCAGAAGUUUGAAGCAAUGUGCUUAGAGGUUGAAGAAAUCAUCGUACAGGACACUGCAAAAUACGUUGAGAACCAAGUCCUAACGGUUGGAAACACGGUCAAGAAGUUCUGUUCCGAUGUGGUUCAAGACUUGCGUACCGAUGAGUCUCUUUCUUCGGAGAAACCGUCACCGGUACCGGUUGCUAUGCUGCAUGAAUACGCUCCUGUUUGUUCUUUCAAGAAGAAGAGAGAGAGCUUGAACCGAAAAGGCAGAGAUGUUGUGAAGCAAGAGCGAGAGGUGAACGAAGGGAAGAAGGACGGGUGUGCGAUGAAGCUCCGUGGUCUUGAUGCAGAUGAUUACGAUAUAUGUACUUCUCCAAGACAGGAUGGUUAUGGAGGUCCGUAUAGGAGAACGAGACUCGGCCGCUGCAAACAAGUCUCUAGAAAAGAGGAGAUUUUUCAAGUCACGAGGCCUUCUUAUAUGCAGAGAGACUCGGGUAGUUUGUCGAUGGUUCAUCGUACUCGUGUUAAAGAUGAUCUCGGAACUGUGAGGUCAAGUGAUUCUCCUCUAGGUGAAGUAAAAAGACUCAUCUCUAAAGAGAAGAAAGACGGUAGAACCAAAAGUGAAAACGGUCUUGUGGUGGUUAAUUCUGUUAGGGGUCAAGAUUCAGUGGUUAAAACCGAGAAUGAGCAGGGUCUUAAGGUGGUUAAUUCUGUUAGAAGUCAAGAUUCAGAGAGUAGAAACAAAAAUGAGCAUGGUCUUAUGGUGGUUAAUUCUGUUAGGACUCAAGAUUCAGAGAUUCAAACAUCUGUUGCCACUAGCUUACCUGCAGGAUCUGAUGAUUGCACAAAGGAAACCAACGAGGAGUCGAUGAGAAGUAGUUCGAGUUUUGUCUCAGAGAAGAAGCCAGAUGUUCUUCAACAGCUUAGUGGAAGAUCAGUUGAAGAAAGCUGUAUCAUUGUGGACAGAGACGAACUCCAUUGUGUAUUUCUUGACAGGAAGGAGAAUGACAGACACAAACCUUACAAGAAGAUCAGAGACGCUAUAUCUUCAAGAAUGAAGCAAAACAGAGAGAAAGAAUACAAGCGACUUGCGCGUCAAUGGUACGCAGAAGAUGUUGAAAAUGGUAGAGAAUGUGGUGAUGAUCCGAAACAGAUUGAGGAGAACCGAUCAUCAGAAGAAUCUGAAUGGGAGCUUCUGUGA